GUUAAAGAACUUGUUCUGGACAACUGUAGGUCAUACGAAGGCAAAAUCGAAGGCCUCACAGAUGAGUUUGAGGAGUUGGAAUUCCUAAGUACAAUCAACGUAGGCUUAACCUCAGUUGCAAACUUACCAAAGUUAAACAAACUUAAGAAGCUCGAGCUGAGUGACAACAGAAUCUCAGGAGGACUGGAAGUGUUGGCAGAGAAGUGUCCGAACCUCACACACCUAAAUCUAAGCGGCAACAAAAUCAAAGAUCUUGGGACAAUAGAACCUCUGAAGAAGUUAGAAAACCUGAAGAGUCUAGACCUGUUCAACUGCGAGGUAACCAACUUGAAUGACUACAGAGAAAAUGUGUUCAAGCUCCUCCCACAACUCACAUACCUCGAUGGAUAUGAUCGGGACGACAAGGAGGCACCAGACUCCGACGCUGAGGGCUACGUGGAGGGCUUGGAUGAUGAUGAGGAGGAUGAGGAUGUGAAAGAUCGGGAUGACAAGGAGGCACCAGACUCCGACGCCGAGGGCUACGUGGAGGGCUUGGACGAUGAGGAGGAGGAUGAGGAUGAAGAGGAAUACGAUGAUGAUGCUCAGGUAGUAGAAGAUGAAGAAGAUGAGGAGGAAGAGGAGGAAGGAGAAGAGGAGGAUGUGAGUGGAGAAGAGGAGGAGGAUGAGGAAGGCUACAACGAUGGGGAGGUAGAUGAUGAUGAAGAUGAAGAAGAGCCUG